AAGUAGAAGUUAAGCAUUGCACCAUACUUUGUGUCAGUACGGAAGAUAGAGUUGUUUUUCAAUGUUCAAGGAUUUUAUGUAGUCAAAAAGUGCCGUAAAGCUUCACCAUGUGGAGCUUUAUUCUUCUUCUCUGGUCCUGGAUUCGUAUCGCUGUUGUUGUAGGAGCUUCAGAGACAAUUAUAGGAUACAGAGGAGAGAGAGUUGAGAUCAGAUGCUCAUAUGAAUCUAGAUAUGAAUCAAAUUCAAAGUAUUUUUGUAAAGGCGAGUGUAGCUUUGGAUUUAAAAUCAUCAUGGUUAAAUCAGGAUCUCCAGCUAAAGACGAGAGAUUCUCUCUGACUGACGACACGACGAACAGAGUUUUCACCGUCACCAUCACUGAUCUGAGAACAGAGGAUGAAGGACAAUACUGGUGUGCUGUGAAGAGGACUUUGCCUUUUACUGAUGUCUAUUCAGAGAUUUUGUUGAAGGUUAAACAGGGUCCAUUGACUCAGAUCACUUCACCUGACACAAGUUCAUUUGGUAUCAUCAUCACAGGAGUUUUGGUUUUGCUCCUGAUAAGUGCUGUAUUGCUUAUUGUGGCCGUACGAAAGAAAAAGCAGACUUGUGGUCUGUUCUCCUCCUUCACCGAAGGGCUUCAUUUGACAUUAAGAAAAGGAGCAGAGAAUGAAUAUGAUGAAGGGAACCCGACUGUCCUGCCGAACUCACACACAGCUCAAAGUGAUAAUAUUUCUGCAGAAAAUGAGUUUCACAGACCUGUGAACACAGAACCAGCCGACACAGACCUCGAUUACACAAAUGUUACUUCUGCAGCGACAAACAGUCAGAAUCUGGAUCAGAUCUACACAGAACUCAACGCCAGUAGACAGAGUCACAUUUAUCAGUGUCUUAGAGCUGAUUCUGCUAGAAAAGAGUCGAUCUAUCACAACACUGAUUGAACGAUUGACUGAACACUCGUACUCAUACUGUAAAGAGCGAUGUUCACUAAUUAGGAAAUGGCUAAUCAGCACAAUGACAUCAUGACACGACUGAUCGGCUGAUGUCCUCGCAAGAAAACAAACUAUCUCAGUCAGGAAACACUGUUUGAAUGGCCGUCAAUGGAGAAAGAUGAACCCAUAUAGUGUAGUUACGACAUCUACUAGCAGAGGUUAAUUGGUUCCUGCUAACCAGCUAAACCUCAACCACUCGGCAAGAACAGCUUUUGAUUGAGAAUUUAAAUAACUUUUUUUAGUAGUGUUGUAAAGUCAGAAUCAGAAAGAGCUUUAUUGCCAGGUAUGUUUACACAUAUGAGGAAUUUGUUCCUGAAGCUUCCACAGCACAAACAGAAUGACAGUGACAAGACACAGGUAAUAAAAAUAAUAAAUAUAGAACAAGUAAACAGGAAAUAACAAUAUACAUACACACAAAUUUACAAAAAUCGACAAUAGGCAGUAUAUGUGUGUACCGGUACAUUAUGUACAAAUGCAAGGAAAUGUAAAUAAGUAUGGUGUGAUAAAUAAAUAAAUAAAUA